AUUCUGUUCCCGAACCCAGCAUCCACCCGGUUCGCCUCGCGAGUUCCGACCCGAGCUCGUCGGUCCUCCCCAUCCCACCCAUGUCGCGGUAGCUCCGGCACAGAAACCCUAACCCUAGCUCCGGCGACCUGCUCCUCCUCCUCCGGCCAUCCCCAUGGACGCGAAGGACAUCCUCGGGCUCCAGAAGAGCUCCUUCCCGUCCGCCCAGGACAAGAAGCCGCGGGCCCCCAAGGAGCCGCAGCGCAAGCCCGAUGGCGUCUCGCGCGAGGUGUACGCGCUCACCGGAGGGGUGGGAAUGGCGCCGCUCAUGCCCACCAUCGAGGCCUCGCACCUCAAACGUCGGCCCGCUGUGGAGAAGGCCAAGGUAGCGUGGCGGUGGCUACCUUUCACGACCUCCGCACGAACUGACAGUCUGCAACUUUCCCACUGGGUUAGAGUUGUAAAUGGUGUUCUGCCAACCGGUGAUUAUGACUUUGCGAAAUAUAACACGAAGGUGGAUGUUCUUAAGUACACCGACGAGGAGUAUGAGAAAUAUUUAACUGAACCUACAUGGAGCAGAGAAGAAACAGACCAGCUGUUUGAAUUAUGUGAACGUUUUGACCUUCGUUUCAUAGUAAUAGCGGAUAGGUUUCCAACUGAUCGCAGCGUGGAAGAUCUCAAGAGCCGCUAUUAUUCAGUUACCCGGGCUCUUUUAAUUGCAAGAGCUAGGUCAUUCGAUGAAGUUGCAGGGAACCCUCUGGUGAAGGAAACCUUCAAUGCUGCUCACGAGACUGAGAGAAAGCGUGCAUUAUCUGCACUCUAUGCCCAAACAAAACAGCAAGAACGAAAGGAUGCUGAGGUUUUAGCAGAAGCAAAACGAAUUAUGGAAUCCCGUGCUGCUAGCAAAAAUCUGGAAGAAGCUGGGGCAACACCGAGCUUUCAUAAUGCUGCGGUUCCUGCUGACGGUGUAUCUCCCUUGAGUAAUAGUCACCCAGCGUCAACUGGUGCACAUACUGCUGCAGCAGCAAAUACCUCCAUACCUGAUUCACUGCGGCUGCUUAAAGUGUACUUGAGAACCCAUGCACUUGACCAAAUGGUUCAAGCAGUAACUGCUCCAGCUGGCAUUAGGAUGGUUAAAAGGGUGGACCAAACUCUACAAGAUCUUGGGGUAAAUUUGAAGCCUAAGGUCCCAACAAAAGCAGUUUGUGCUGAACAUCUUGAAUUACGGAAUGAGAUACUCACAUUGCUUAACAUACAGAAGCAGCUACAAAAUAAAGAGGCUGAAGUUAUAGCAAACAGAGAGAGUUCAUUCACAGAGGCACCGAGCACACCUAAGCGUUCUAAUAGAGAUAUUGAUCGACCUUUUGUCCCUGAUAUGGGUGGGUUUGGAGGUGAGAGAGCAGUCAAACGUGACCACAAGCGGAAGUCUGGUGGAAGAUUUGAUGCACCCCCCUCACCAUCUCAGGGCAAGAGGCCUCGGAAGAUGAAGGCUUCUGAUUGACAGUACUUUUCAGAUGGCCCAACAUAAAAAUUGGGCGUGUCCUUGCUAGAGUUGAGUGAGAACUAACUUCAGUAGAUCAGUUUUAGUCUUGAAUGGAAGCUAGUGCGUGGACAGUGAUUACCAAGAAUCUACUUUUGUGGCUGGAACUUGGCUCGUCACAACAGCGCAUCGAUGGUGUGUGUGGCCAUUCUCCUCGCUGCAGACCUGGAGUUGUUGUGGUCAUGGUAUUUCUUUUGGUUUUCUUCGUGCAAUAUAUUGUCCUGUAUGUACAUAUAGUAGAAAGACAAAAGUAUGUCCUUCCAUGUUAUUGUUCACAGCCGUUCGUUCACUUUUGAUGUUUUAUGUUGAAUAUUUUGCCGUGAUA